CAGGUUUGUUAUCAUUAAAAAAACAGACCACCUGGCACCCGAAUUUCCCCCCAGAUUUAUAUUAGUCUGGCCUUCUCUGUGUCCCGGUGUCCUACAUAGUGUCUUUGAAUUAACAAGGAUGAGUGGAGAAACCUGGCUGCUGGUGGGCGUGGUGAUACUGCUCGCAUGGGCGUACUCAAGGUGGAAACACAGCUAUUGGUCGUCCAGGGGCGUGGCCACUCCGCCCUUCCUCCCCUUCCUCGGCCAUCUGCACAAGACAGCAAUGUUGAGAAAGAGAUACGCAUUUGAUAUGGACGCUUACUACAACUAUGGAGGAUCAAAGUUCUGUGGCCUCUACUCAUUCCACAAGCCAUGCUUACUAGUGGGUGAUCCUGAACUCCUGAAGCAAAUGUUUGUCAAGGACUUUGACUGCUUUUCGGGCAAAAAGCCAUUAAAACUAACCAAGCACGACAAAGUGAUCUCAGACAUGUUGGUUCUGAAGACGGGAGAGGAGUGGAAGAAGCUGAGAUCCAUCAUGUCUCCCACUUUCUCUUCGGGCAAGAUGAAGGAGAUGUUCCCGCUGGUAAACCAAAAGGCCGACGAUCUCGUCUCCUUCUGUCUCAAGGAGGCACGCACGAAACCUGUCAUUGACAUGAAGCACAACUUUGGUCGCUUCACCCUAGACACGAUCGCUUCCUGUGCCUUUGGGUUAGAGUGCAAUUCACUUGGAGAUGAGAAGUCUGUCUUUUCUGAGAAGGUUGAUACGUUCUUUAAAUACUCGGCAGCCUCGAUCCUCAAAAAGGUGUUUGUUUCCAUCGCCCCCCGAGUCGCCAACGCUCUCAACAUGCAGUUUUCUUCGCCGACAACCGGCUUCUUUAAGGAAUUAGCCCUAAAUACCAUAGCUGCCAGAAGGGAAGGGAGCAAGAGAGGAGACUUCCUGGACCUCCUCUUAGAAACCCAGAGCCAGGGCGAGGAUACCGGAGACUCUAGCAAGCGACCGUCAAAGUCCAAGAACGUGCUGGACGACGAGACCAUCGUGUCCCAGUGUGUUCUGUUCAUCAUAGCUGGUUACGGCACCACGGCUUCUGCACUGUCCUAUGCGGCCUUCCUUUUGGCCAAGCACCCUGAUGCCCAGCAGCGCCUUCGCCGGGAGAUCAACGCACUGAUCGAGGAACAUGGUGACAUAACUUACCAGGGAGUCAUGGAGGCAAAGUUCCUUGAUGCUUGUAUCAUGGAAACACUUCGUCUUUAUCCAAUAACCGUCUAUUUGGAGCGUAUGUGUGAAAGGAACUACCGGAUCCCUGGCACUGACAUCACCAUUCCACCUGGCACUGUAGUGUCAUGCCCGGUCUGGACUAUGCACCGGGACCCGAAGUACUGGUCCGAGCCCGAGGAGUUCCGCCCCGAGCGCUUCCUGCCGGAGAACAGGGCGAACAUACCCAACCUCACGUACAUGCCCUUCGGAAUCGGACCUCGCUCUGUUUCAGCUCAGAGAUUUGCCCUCAUGGAGACCAAAAUCGUCCUGACCAAGUUGCUGUUGGCAUCGGACCUCAGGCCGGCCCCGGGCUAUGAGAACGUGACGGUCUCUUUCGGUUUCGGUUCACAGUCUCCAAAGGCCGUGAAGCUCAUCCUGAAACCGCUGAAGGACGAGUGAGAGGAUGGAGAAUA